GCCGCCACUACUGCCGGCCCUCCGCUGCGGCCUGCCCAGCCAGCCGAAGCCUCCGCUGCCCCGCCUCCGGUACAGGAGCACAGCAGCGCCUCCCUCCCUGGAGCAGCCGCUCCCGCCCGGCAACGCCGGCGACCAGUCCAUAGGAAGACGAACGCUGCAUUUCCUAGAUGAAGCACAUAUUCAAGAUCAUCGCAGUGCUGUCGGCGAUCUCGGCCGUCUGGGUUGCGCUCCUUGAAACCUCGACAGUUCCUCGCAGUUAUACUUGGCUGCUUCCCAUCUACUUGGUAGUGGCGCUUGGAUGCUACGGCCUUUUCAUGGUUGGGUAUGGGCUGAUGUUCUUUCCCACUUGUCCUCGAGAAGCCAUACUACUACAGCAGGAUAUUGUGGAGGCAAAGGAAUUCUUAUCCAAAAGGGGUGUUGAUGUGGGCUCUGACUGAGGUCGAUUCCAAUGUUUAAUAUUUUGUGGCCAGUUUGAAGCUUCCUGGAUACCAUAGCUAGAAAAGGUUAUAUGACAUUUCACUAUGCUUAGAUACUGUUACUAACACAGUUUUUGUGAGUCGCGUGUUACAAUUCUACAUUUGAGGUGGAUGGCUUGUCACGAUACUACUUGUGUCAGAAAACAUUGUGAGAACAACUAAGAAUGGUUCAUUAACAAGUCCGCCGGUGUUCAUGA